ACCAACUCGGCACACUCUUCCUAAUUGGCUUGCCUCGCUUGAACAGGACACGCUAGACUUCUUGCUCAAACGCUAUGUCUCUCUCCUUCCUAACUUCGGGCUCUUCCCGACAGCUUUCCUCAUACAGUGUUGGAGGUGGUGGUGGUGGAGGGUCUGUCAGACUGUCUAGUGGUGGUGGAUUUGGCAGCGGAUCCAAAUUUGUAGGGGGAUACAGUGGAGGAGGUUAUGCUGGAGGAAGCCUUGCAGGAGGAUAUGGAAGUGGCUUGGCUGUAGGCUCUGGUGGGGGCUUGGGUGGAGGCUUUUCUAGUAGCAGCUUUGCUGGUGGCUUUGGUGGUGGCCAUGGAGGAGGUUUUGGUGGUGGUUAUGGAGGAGGUUUGGGUGGUGGUUAUGGAGGAGGUUUUGGUGGUGGUCAUGGAGGUGGGUUGGGUGGUGGCUUUGGAGGGGGAGAUAGUGGUCUUCUCUCUGGUGAUGAGAAGCAGACCAUGCAGAAUCUUAAUGACCGCCUUGCAAGCUACCUGGGCAAGGUGCAUGCUCUUGAAGAGGCAAAUGCUGAGCUUGAACUCAAAAUCAAGGACUGGUAUUCCAAGUUCAACGUCCCUGAUACCAGCCGGGACUACACCAAGUUUUUUAACAUUAUUGAAGAUCUGCGGGGCAAAAUACUUAGACAAACCAUUGAAAAUGCUGGGAUCGUCUUGCAAAUUGACAAUGCCCGCCUGGCUGCCGAUGAUUUCAAACUCAAGUAUGAAAACGAACUUUUCCUGCACCAGAAUGUGGAGAAUGACAUCAAUGGCCUGAGGAGAGUCUUGGAUGAGUUAACCAUGCAUAGAUCUGACCUGGAGCUGCAGAUCGAGGGUCUGAACGAGGAACUUGCAUAUCUCAAGAAGAACCACGAGGAGGAACUGAAGAGCUUCCGAGGAGCAUCUAGUGGGGAUGUCAGUGUUGAAAUGGAUGCCGCUCCUGGAGUUGAUUUGACUAAACUUCUGAAUGGCAUGAGGGCCCAAUAUGAGGAACUUGCAGAGAAGAAUCGUCAAGAGGCAGAAGAUCAAUUCAACAAACAGGUUGGCGCUCUCAGGCAAGAGAUCUCUGCCAAUGUGGAUCAGUUAAGCACAGGCAAGACUGAAAUUACAGAACUGAGGAGGACUCUGCAAGGGCUGGAAUUGGAAGUUCAGGCUCAACUUGCCAUGAAACACUCCCUUGAAGGCACUUUGGCGGAAACGGAACGGAACUAUUGUGAUCAGCUCGCCCAAAUUCAGGGCCAGAUAGCUGGCUUAGAGGAGCAACUUCUGCAGCUGCGAGCUGACAUGGAGAACCAGAAUUCAGAUUAUCAACACCUUAUGGGGAUCAAGACACGUCUGGAACAGGAGAUUGAAACCUACCGCCGCCUACUGGAUGGAGAAGGAGGCUUUGGAUCCCAUUCCGGAGUAUCUUAUGGAACUACAAGUUAUAGUUCUACAGGUUCAGGAGGCUCUGGCACAGAAUCCAAGAAAACCAGAAAGAUUAAGACGGUUGUGGAAGAAAUUGUUGACGGCAGAGUCGUUUCAUCCCAGGUCAAAUCCGUUGAGGAGAAGCAAGCAACAUAAACACCGGAAAAGUGUCAAUGAUAUUUACUAUUAAUGCAUGUCCUAGCUGGAAAUGAGUUAUGCAGAUAAACACUUCCUCUCUUUUUUUAACAAAACUCUAUUUUUCUUUGCGGCUCCUUCCCUCUGUAUCUUUUUCGUUAAGCAAUCCCGAGAAGUGCAUCCCAAAAAACUAUUUCUUCUCAAUAAACCUUUUCACUGUUUGCAUAUUAAAAA